AGAAGAGGAAGGAGGGGCGGGCUCGAGGCCGCGGCGGAGGAGGAACUUGUUGCGGCCGCGGCUGCGCUGUGCGGCUCCCUACGCGCCAGUUCGCCGGGCGGGCGCGGUGCGGCGGCGGUGGCGGUGGCGGCGGCGGCUGAGGCGCGGGGCCGGGGCGAUGCGGCGUUACCUGCGCAUCGUGGUGCUGUGCCUGGCCUGCGGCUUCUGCUCGCUCCUCUACGCCUUCAGCCAGCUCGCCGUGUCCUUGGAGGAAGGAGCGGGCGGCCGUGGCGGGAAGCCGCAGGCCGCGGCGGCUUCCUGGCUCGCGGGCGGCGGACGCGGCGGCUCAAGAGGGGUGGGCAGCGUGGGCCCCGCAGCGCAUCCCGGCCCGUCGGACAGGUGUAAAGAUUUCUCUCUGUGUUACUGGAAUCCCUAUUGGAUGCUGCCCUCUGAUGUUUGUGGAAUGAACUGCUUUUGGGAAGCGGCUUUUAGGUAUAGUCUGAAUGUGCAGCCCAUUCAGAGAAUGCACCUCGCUGUGGUUGCCUGUGGUGAAAGACUGGAAGAAACUGUAACCAUGUUGAAGUCAGCUAUCAUUUUCAGCAUCAGACCUCUUCAGUUCCAUAUUUUUGCUGAAGAUCAACUACAUGAUAGUUUUAAAGGCAUACUUGAUAGCUGGUCAUUUCUGCAGACAUUUAAUUAUUCAUUAUACCCAAUAACUUUUCCAAAUGAGAAUGCAGCGGAGUGGAAAAAGCUUUUUAAACCAUGUGCUUCCCAGAGAUUAUUCUUGCCAUUAAUCCUGAAAGAAGUUGACUCACUAUUAUACGUCGACACUGAUAUCCUUUUUUUACGGCCCGUUGAUGAUAUUUGGUCUUUACUAAAGAAAUUUAAUUCCACACAAAUUGCUGCAAUGGCGCCAGAACAUGAAGAGCCACGAAUAGGAUGGUAUAAUCGCUUUGCCAGGCAUCCAUAUUAUGGAAAAACUGGAGUAAACUCUGGAGUUAUGUUGAUGAACAUGACUAGAAUGAGAAGGAAAUAUUUCAAGAAUGACAUGACAACUGUACGGCUGCGAUGGGGAGAUAUACUUAUGCCAUUGCUUAAAAAAUACAAACUUAACAUCACAUGGGGGGAUCAAGAUCUGUUGAAUAUCAUCUUUUUUCAUAAUCCAGAAAGCCUUUUUGUUUUUCCGUGUCAAUGGAAUUAUCGACCAGAUCAUUGUAUAUAUGGAAGCAAUUGCCAGGAAGCAGAAGAAGAAGGAAUCUUUAUUCUUCAUGGGAACAGAGGUGUUUACCAUGAUGAUAAGCAGCCAGCAUUUAGAGCCAUUUAUGAAGCACUGAGAAAUUGUUCUUUUAAAGAUGACAACAUCCGUUCCUUAUUAAAACCUUUAGAACUGGAACUACAAAAGACAGUCCAUACGUACUGUGGAAAAAUUUACAAAAUAUUUAUCAAACAGCUAACAAAAAGCAUACAAGAUCGUUAUGAUAGACCACCAAAGGAAAGGUGAUCCUUGGUGACCGUUAAAUCAAAUGAAUUAAAACAACAAAAUAUCAGAGGACAUGUAUGAAGAAAUGGUCUUGGAUGAAGUGUUCAGGAAGGAAUUAUUCAUCUUCAGAAUAAUUGUUUCUCCUGAAGAAGUUAAAUGAGUAUAUAUAUUCAUGUAAUGAAGAAUAAGUUAAAGUCUUGGACUCCAGCAAGAAGACAUUUUUGAUCUCUGAUGUUUUGUAAUGUUAUUUGCUGUCAGUCCAGUAUUGAUGAAAAUAUUGAAUGGUUUGUAGCCUACAGACUUUGGUUGACUCUUCUCAAGUGAGUAGGAACAGUAGGGGUGUAUGGAUGGAGAAAAUGUACCUCAUACACAGUGAAAACACUCAAACUGUGAGUAUAGCAAUAAUUUUAUGUCAGCACUAACCUCACUUUAAAUGUGUGACAGAAAGUUUACAGGAACAGAACAGGUUCUGUUUCUAAAGCAAUGUGAUGUAACUGAUGUAAUCAUUGACAAUCGAUGUGUGCCUUUAUACAUUUCAUCUCUGUUUUAAAAUAUUCCUGUGACAA